CCAUAGUACUAGGAUAAACGAGGCAUGUUCUACACGGACCGAGCCCUGCUUUGCGCUCCUUACGGUGACUGUUGAAGCCAGGGGAUAAUGAAACUCCUCCAAAUCGCUAUAGUUCAAAUCGAUAAACCCUGAAGUACAUCCGAAAACGGCAAAAGCCUAUAUGGAAUGUUUACUGAGAUUUGCAUGUUCGCCACCGCCACCUACUGCAAUCGUGCCCCCAUCUCUGCCGUUCCCUCUUAACACCAAGAAGAAGAGAAAUGGUUGGUUAUUUAGAGCUAAACUCAGCGAUGAUAACGACCCAUUACUCCAAUCAGCCAUGGAUUCAGCUUCUCUCCGUUUUCACGAGACACACCGACCAGAGCCUCUUUUUGUGGAUUUAUAUGCGGGGUGCUUUGCUCAAGUUCCAUCUCACACUCGGAUAGAUUUGAAGAAGCGAUUACAACAUUAUUGCAUUGCAAUCAAGUUCAUAGAUGAUAAGUUGCUUCGUGCGGUUAACCACAUGGACGGGCUUAAACAGGUUGUUCUAUUAUCAGAUGGAAUGGACACUCGGCCAUAUAGGCUUAACUGGCCUAGCUCAACCAUCAUAUUUGAUAUAUCCCCUGAAAGGGUAUUCCAAAAGGCGGCUGAAAAGCUUAAAGGUGUUGGGGCUAAGAUCCCAAGAAGUUGUUUGUAUCUUCAUGUUCCAUUGGAAUCCUCUAAUAUUCAAGAGACUUUGCGCAUGAAAGGCUUCAAUGGUCAUCAUCCAAGUAUAUGGGCUAUCCAGGGACUACCUGUGAUGACUCUGGCAAGUUUUGAAGAGAUCUUAUUCCUCGUCAGUGGUAUGGCUAUGAAUGGGUGUCUCUUCUUGGGAGAAUUGCCUGCAUGGUUGGCAGAAACUGAACUUGGUACCAGGUCUAGUACAGAGAAAUGGAUGGGCAAUCUUUUUAUGAGCAACGGUUUCAAUGUGGAGAUAAUUAGCUACAAUGAAAUCGCUAAAAGUUUGGGAAAGGAAGUAGUACCAAGAGAUUACGGGAACGUACUAUUUGUUGCAGAACAAUUGCGGUUUUCUGAUGAUCAGAUGGAAACUUGGAGGAGAGAGCUUCAGAGGGUCGAGGAAGAUGGGGAUGAGGAAGGGUUUGAGGAGCUCUAAAUGUAAAUAGAAGGUUUUUUUUUUCUGGUUCAAGGCUGUCAUUAUAUUCUAUUCUUUCUUCUCUAUUCUUUCUUUCCAAUUUUCCGAAUUGUACAUAAAUGCAACUGAAAUUUUUAACAUGCAUGCAUGCUUAUGUGAC